GAAUGUAGAUGAACUAACUAAGAAGAAGGCAGGCAAGAUGGGUUGCAAAUUCUCAUGCCAUUCAUCGCCAAAAUUCAAGAGUCAUGUCAUACGUGUCGUUCACCUCAACGGCUCCGUACAAGCAUUCGAGAAUCCUGUUCCGGUCAGCCACGUUACUGGGAAUGACCGUUCCGGGGAUCGAUUCCUCUGCACUCCGGCUCAACUUGUGUCUAAUUGUUGCCCAAAGCCUCUUCAACCCGACACCAUCUUGAAACCGGGUCAUGUUUACUUCCUCCUGCCCUUCUCAAUCUUUCAGUCUGAUAUUUCUCAUCUUGACUUGGCCUCCAUGGCAAAGAGGCUCAAUAAGAAAGCAAGGUGUUGGACAAAGUCAUCAAGGACAACUCCUUUAUUAGAUCACUACCAUCUCUCGGACUCUGUAUGUAAGUCCCCCAUGAGGAGUCCUAACAGGUUAAGUCGGGCACAGCCUUGGAAACCAAUCUUGGACACCAUUAGAGAAAAAUCAUUCACUCGAAGGAGUGAAUCGGAGUUGCAGGAAACUGCAGAUUCUUAAAUUAGUGCUAGGAGAGUAGUUAUUCUGUUGGCAUUAGAUAGCAUAAUAUUGAUUGUUGUAAUAGUCAACUUCUCAUCCCCAUUUGUACAAACUGAAAUGAUAUUUGGAUGCAAUUUACAUAAAUAUCUAUCUUUUAA